AUCUUGUAAAUAUUGAAAACGAGGCCACACGAUUUCCACGUUUUGUGAAACAUACGCCGUCACCGGGUGAUGAAAGAAGAUUGAAAUAGUUCCCCUAUAUCAACUUAGACAGUAUGCCUCCGAAGAAGAAGGGAGAGGCAGAGGAGAAGCCCCCAGUCCUCAUUGGCAGGGUGGGAACCAACUUGAAAUGUGGUAUUGUAGGAUUGCCUAAUGUUGGAAAAUCAACGUUUUUCAAUGUCUUAACCAAAAGCCAGGCAUCAGCUGAAAAUUUUCCAUUCUGCACCAUUGACCCAAAUGAAAGUCGGGUUCCUGUACCAGAUGAAAGAUAUGAUUUCUUGUGCAAUUUCUUUAAACCAGCAAGUAAGGUCCCAGCAUUUCUGAAUGUUGUGGAUAUUGCUGGUCUUGUGAAGGGUGCAAGUGAAGGUCAGGGUCUUGGAAAUGCCUUCCUUUCACACAUCCGUGCUUGCGAUGCGCUGUUCUACAUGGCCAGAGUGUUUGAAGAUGAAGAUGUUACCCAUGUGGAAGGUGAUGUGGACCCUGUACGUGACCUUGACAUCAUCAUGGAGGAAUUGCGACUCAAAGAUGAAGACUAUAUUUUGAAACAGCUUGAAUCUUUAGAAAAAUUGGCAGUUCGAGGAAAUGACAAGAAGAAGAAACCUGAAUAUGAUUUCUUUUGCAAGUUAAAAAGACUUCUUGUAGAAGAAAAGAAGCAUUUGAGAAAAGCUGCUGUGUAUGAUGCAAAAGAGAUUGAAUAUAUAAACCAGCACUUCUUCUUAACCCUGAAGCCAAUGAUUUAUCUAAUUAAUCUCUCAGAAAAAGAUUUUAUCAGAAAAAAGAACAAGUGGCUGGUGAAAAUAAAGGAAUGGGUAGAUGCCAAUGACCCUGGUGCCAGUGUCAUCCCAUUCAGUGGGUCUCUGGAGCUGAAAUUAAUGGACAUGUCACCAGAAGAGAGAGAGACUUAUGAAAAGGAGAACAAAAUCACCAGUGCUCUGUCCAAGAUUAUAGUGACUGGAUACAAGGCUCUACAACUGCACUAUUUUUUCACAGUUGGUGAAGAUGAAGUGAAAGCCUGGACAGUACAGAAAGGCACCAAGGCACCUCAGGCGGCUGGAAAAAUUCACACUGACUUUGAAAAAGGCUUCAUCAUGGCUGAGGUGAUGAAAUUUGAUGAUUUCAAGGAAUUGGGCAGUGAAAAUGCAGUCAAGGCUGCAGGAAAGUAUCUCCAGAAGGGCCGAGAUUACGUUGUGCUAGAUGGGGACAUCAUUCACUUCAAAUUCAACGCCGGAGCUGGACUUACUGGCAAGAAGAAGUAGCUGCUACUCCUUGGUUUGGAUCGGACUAGAGUGGCAUAAACCAUGGUUUCGUAGAAAGCUGUUCUAUUAAGUGCAUAUCUGGAAACGUGUAUGUUUUGUGAAAUUUGGCAAUAUCAUGUCAAGGAAAUUAAAGAAUGUUAAAAUGUGGUGAAGCAUACUUGAGAAACAAUGAGAAUUGAUUUGGAAAAAUUAGUGUUUUAUAAGAAAGACAUGACUGCACGAAUGUUUAAAUAAUAACCAAAAUUACGGAUAAUUCCAAGAAAGGAACCGUUAAAUGAUACGAUGGAACACUUCAUGAAAAAUGAAGUAGUUACUUUGUUAGGUUAUGCCAAUGUCUUAGUCUUACUUCUUUUGCUAGUUGUAAUAAUCAUUAAAUGUGGAUUUGAUCAGUACCAUUUGUAAAUACUACUUAUGAGAAGACGGUUUAAAUACAUAAUUGUCAUGCCAAGUCACACUUGCGGUAAAUCUUUGUGGGUUUCCGUAUUUUGUUGCAUAUUGUAACAUUGAAAUGAGGGAGUUUAUUUAUAUUGUUACACAAAGUUUGCUGAAAGCCCACCUGGUCAGUUUUAUGCGAUGAUACAUUUUGAAUAAAGUUUCCGGAAAAGAAUAAAA